UCAGAUUUAAUUUUAAGGCUAAAUUUACCAGCAAUAAUUGCUAAUAAAGUAUGGGGUGAAUUGUCAAAAUGUGAAACUGGCGACAAAGUUGUGAACAAUUUUAUUUGUGAUUUUAGAGACUUUUGUGAAUUUCUAAGCAGUAAGAGAGUACAACUCAUAAUUAUUUAAAGUCAUAUCUAUGUCUAUACAAUGAAACUACUAUUUCUAUAUUUUGUUUAGUGACUAAAAUAGAUUUAGAAAAUACAAUAAAAUUUUACACCGAUUGGGAGGCCUAUCAUAAGUAUUUAGAAUUACCAGAAAAUAAUAAACAAAGUCUUAUUAACCCAGAAGCUAUAGAAGCUAUAGAAAAUAAUCUUAAAUUAUGGAUGAAAAGUAUGGAACGGGUAAAGUUUAUGAGUGUAGCCUUUUAUUUUAAUUCACUAAAAAAUUAUACGUAUUUGGAUAUACAGGCCAUUGUCCAGAGUCAACAAUUACGUAGAGAAACAGAAACAAUGGGGCCAAAUGCAGAACUCAGUUAUUGGAGAAGACUGCUAGCUCGUUUUUCAUCAAUUAUUGAACACAUUAAAUCUCCAUUUACCCAAAAAUAUAUAGAUUUUUUAAAAAAAAUAAAAUCGAAACAUAUAAAAAAAUGGAAAUUGUUGGAAAAACACGUUCAAAUGAUCCAAAUUCUCGCACAAGAUAAUGUAAAAUAUUUGUAUGCACUAGAAAAAUUUACUCAACCUUUGUACAGGCUUGAUCCAACAAAAAUGGGAGAAUAUUUACCUCCUCUCAUGUAUGUUAUACGAAUGAUAUACGCUACUUCUCGAUUCUUUAAUAGCAGCCGAAUGGUCACAGCAGUUUUUGUAAAAAUGACGAAUCAAAUGAUUUUAGCGUGUAAAGCAUACUUAACAGAAGAUGGCAAAAUAAAUGUUUGGAACGAUGCUAAAUCAGUCAUGAUAUCCAAGAUAAAGGAUUGUAUUAAAUUGUGUGAAAAAUACUAUGAAUAUUACAACGAAAUGUGCAAAGAGGUGAGAGAAUCUGCCGAUGAAAAACCUUUCGAAGUAUCUGAAAUGUAUGUUUUCGGAAAAUUUAAUACCUUCAAAGCGAGAAUAAUAAAAAUCAUGGAUGUUUUGCAGACAACUUUAACGUAUCUAAUUCUUUAUAAUUCUGCAAUAGAGGGAAUAGACGUAUUCGCAAACAAAUUCUCGAGUUUCUUUCAGGAAAUUUCGUCCAAAGAUUAUGAUCCAUUAAAUCAUAGAAAACCAUAUUUUGAUUCUGAUUACGAUAACUACAAGAAAAACGUGGCAGAGACAGAGAUAGAAUUAAGGAACUUCUUUUAUAAAAGCGUGUCGGAAACGCCAAACAUAACGGAAGCUUUGAGAGUAGUGGCAAGAUUCCAAAAAUUGAAGUUUAAGCAUCUGAGAAUCGACAGAAAGUAUUUAGAACUUACAGGGUUGUUUCAAAAAGAAAUCGAGGAUGUACGAGAUAGAUACAACGAAGACAGAUCGGAUCCUCCGAUACCACGAAACGUCCCACCUAUUGCUGGUCGUAUUUUAUGGAUUCGACAGCUUUUCAGACGUAUCGAAGGCCCGAUGGAAAUAUAUAAAGAAUGUAGAAGAGUAAUUAGCCACGAUCACAUGCAGAGAUGCAUUAAAAUUUACAAUGCCUUGAUCAGCGUCUUUAUACACUAUGAAAUGAUAUAUCAUAAAUCAUGGUAUGAUUCUUCAGAAAUUGUUCGAUUGGCAUUGGCUUCGCCCUUGAUAAUAAGACAUCCAGAUACGAAUAAGUAUCAUUUGAACUUCGAUUUGUACAUCCUAGAGGUGAUACGCGAAUCAGAACACAUGGCUAGGUUUGAUUUGGAAGUGCCAGAUUUUAUACAGAUAAUAACAUUUUGUAAAGAUAAAAUCUCCUCGUCGUAUGAAACUGUGAAACAGUUGGUCGAUGAAAAUAAUACAUUAAGACGAACAAUACCGAUAUUAUUUUUGACUUUGAUAAAAAUCGUUCUCGUUAAUCUCGAGAUUGCCUUUCAACCUUGUCUAUCGGUAAUUACAUGGACGUCCUUAAACAUUGGCGAAGUAUGUGACGAAAUAAGGCAAGCGCUUACGUCGGUGCAGAUUUUUGUUAAAGAGAUAAAAGACAUGAAAGAAGCAAGGGUUGACGAAGUUUUCGAAUCCAUAUCAGAAGCUGUUUUACUAAAACUCGAUGACCAUGCAAAAACUCCUACACAAUUAUUAGACGAUAAUAUCGCCUAUGGGCUUACAGUAACGGCUGAUUUGGAAAUUAAAUCAUCAGCAACAGAGAAAGCUGUUACGGCUAUUAUUAAUAAGUUUAUGGAUUUUAUAAUCGAUGAGACUGUUCAGGAUGUUAAAUAUAAUUGGAUGGAUCCGGAUAAAAUACAAAGGCAUAUCUCACAGACGAAAUUGACAAAGGGAAAAUAUGAGCCAGGUUUUGCCCCUAUCGAGAGAACACGUAAAGUCCAUAUAAACAAGGUGCACAAUGAUUGCAUGGAAUUAUUUGCUUAUUUCCAUAAUAAGCUCGUAGAGGCCUUGGUAAAAUGCACCAAGAAUUCCCUCGAAUUACUAAAGAGAAAAGUCACUGAUAUAAGCCAUCUGAUAGAAGAUAACGAAUCGAAUCAGAAAUCACCGAUACUUUUAACAACAUUUGUCUUGCAAAUACCAAACAUCGUGAUAGUACCCCCAAUAGAAGAGUUGCAAUAUUAUUUUGGGAAAUUAGUAAUUAGUUUAUUGGAGAAUCACAAACGAAUUAUAGCAUGGGGACAGCGUUAUGCUACUAGUCUAAAGACUGGAAACAUUACAGAUUCUGGGAAGAAUUAUUAUCAGAUCAUAUCAGAUCACAAAGAGAUAGUUCGUAGCGUAAUGAGCUUGCAAGGUGCAAUUUUCGCCAUGAAGCAAGACGUCGAUGAAAUUGCCAAUAUCUACUUGCAGUAUUCCUACAUAUGGUCCGAAAACAGGGAUAAUAUCGUUCAAAGUUUCGUCGAUUCCGAGCCCAUCACUCAGGUGAUCAAAGAAAAGUUCGUGGAGUAUGACAAUUUAGUCGCUGAAAUUCAAAAUCUGCCAAAGAAACACGUAGUUGGGCCUAUAGAAAUUAGCAUGGACAAACUGAAAUUAGCAUUCCUAGUGGAAGCACGCGCAUGGAAGAUGUUAUUGGGACAGAAGUUAUCUGCGACUUAUAAAGAGAAAUUAAAAAGGAUCACCGAAUAUAUAAAUGAAAAGAAUAAGGUGCUGGUCAGAGAAAUAAAGGACCUGGAAGACGUGAGGAUUGCAAUGAAAUGUUUGAGCGAGAUACGAGACGAUUUCAUAUCGUUGGAUAUAGAAUUGAUCUUGAUCGAGGAAACGUAUACGUUAAUGGGCAGGUUCGACAUCUCUAUUUCGAAGGAGGAACAGGAUAUCGUGGACAGUUUACGGUACAAUUUUACGAACAUGUUGAACACGGCGAAACAGGUACAAACAAAGAUAUGUGAAAUGCAAGAGCCAUUGAAAAAGGAACUGACGGAUGGUGUUGCGAUAUUUAAGCAACAAGUGAUUCAGUUUGAUCUCGAUUUUGAGCUGAAUGGUCCUAUGGUUGAGGGAAUACCGGCUAAAGAAGCUAGUGAUCGGCUCAUAUUCUUUCAAGCUCUUCUCGAAGAGUUAUGGGAGAAGUACGAAACUUACAGUAGCGGGGAAAGUUUAUUCGGCAUUGAAAUAACAGACUACCCUGCUCUUCAUCAAAGGAAGAGGGAAAUUAAUUUACUGCAGAAGUUAUACUCCUUGUAUUUGCAAGUGAUACGAACGAUCGACGGCUACUACGAGAUACCUUGGUCAGACAUCGAUAUCGAAUCUAUAAUGACCGAACUAGCCGAUUUUCAGAACAGAUGUCGGCGAUUACCAAAGGCUAUGAGAGACUGGCCAGCUUAUAUCGAGCUGAAAAAGAAGAUCGACGACUUCAACGAGACUUGCCCAUUGUUAGAGAUGAUGGCUAAUAAAGCGAUGCAAGAAAGACACUGGGAAAGAAUGUCGAAGUUGUGCAAAUACCACUUUGACGUCGAGUCGGAGGCUUUUACUUUGGCUAGCGUGAUGCAGGCACCUUUGUUGAAGUACAAAGAUGAAGUCGAGGAUAUAUGCAUAAGUGCGGUGAAGGAGCAAGAUAUUGAGAGUAAACUGAAGCAAAUUAUAGCAGAAUGGGCUACCGUAGAUCUACAGUUCUCCACGUUUAAGCAAAGAGGAGAAUUACUUUUGAAAGGCACAGAAACGAUCGAGAUAAUAUCUCAAUUGGAGGAUAGUUUAAUGAUCAUUAGUUCACUCCUGGCAAAUCGAUAUAAUGCGUAUUUCAAAAAGGACAUACAAUUGUGGCAAAAUAAGCUCAGCAACACCUCCGAAAUCUUAGCAAAAUGGUUGACUGUACAGAAUUUAUGGGCUUAUUUAGAAGCGGUGUUCAUUGGCGGUGAUAUAUCGAAACAACUCCCAGCAGAGGCGAAACGUUUCAAUAAUAUCGAUAAAGCUUGGGUGAAGAUAAUGUAUCGAGCACGUGAAAACGUGAACGCAGUGGAAACAUGCACAGGAGACGAAACGAUGGGACAAUUCUUGCCACAUUUAUUGGAACAGCUGGAAUCUUGUCAGAAAUCUCUCAGCGGAUACUUGGAAACAAAACGAAGCGUAUUUCCAAGAUUUUGCUUCAUAUCAGAUCCCACGUUGUUGGAAAUACUUGGUCAAGCAGCAGAUUGCCAUACCAUACAGAAAUAUCUCGAUGGUUUCUUCGACAACACAGCAAGAUUAGAGUUUCACGAAAAAGAGUAUGAGAGGAUUGUAGCUAUGUAUUCGCGCGAAGGCGAAAAGGUACUAAUGGAGAAGGAUGUUAUAUGUUCAGGGGGUGUAGAGAACUGGUUGAACACUUUGUUAGCGGUUCAUCAAUUCUCAGUUGGCAGUGUAAUCUCCCAAGGGCUGCAAGCCCUCACCCAGGAAGAGUUUGACGUUAUACAGUUGAUAGACAAUUCGAUUUUACAAGUAGGAUUAUUAGUCUUACAAGUUUUAUGGACUCGCAACUCUGAGAUAGCUCUCAAUACAGUAAGACGAGACAGAACCAUAAUGAAACGAACGAAUCAAUGGUUCCUCGAAUUAUUAAACAGUCUCAUUGAAGUGACUGUUAAGGAUUUGUCGAAAUACGCGAGAGCAAAAUACGAGGCCUUGAUUACUAUUCACGUGCAUCAGAGAGACAUAUUCGACGAAAUGUGUCAGAUGAGAGUUCGCAAUGUGAACGACUUCGAGUGGUUGAAGCAGUGUAGAUAUUAUUACGACACCGAAACAGAAGAUGUUCCUAUAAAAAUCACAGACAUAGAUUUUGUUUAUCAGAAUGAGUUUCUAGGUUGCACUGAUCGACUCGCCAUUACGCCUCUUACCGACAGAUGCUACAUAACGUUAGCUCAAGCUGUAGGUAUGAAUUUUGGAGGAGCACCAGCGGGACCAGCUGGGACUGGCAAAACAGAAACCACAAAGGAUAUGGGGAAAGCCCUUGGAAAGUACGUGGUGGUAUUUAAUUGCUCGGACCAAAUGGAUUUCCGCGGUUUGGGCAGAAUAUUUAAAGGAUUAGCCAUGGCCGGAGCGUGGGGCUGCUUCGACGAGUUUAAUCGCAUCGAUUUGCCGGUUCUAUCCGUCGCUGCUCAGCAAAUAGCGAUCGUACUCACAACAAGAAGGGAAAGAAAAACAAGUUUCCUUUUUAGCGACGGUGAAGUAUACAAAUUAAACUACGAGUUUGGGAUCUUCAUUACUAUGAAUCCUGGCUACGCUGGUCGCCAAGAGUUGCCAGAAAAUUUAAAGAUACAAUUUAGAAGCGUUGCUAUGAUGGUUCCCGAUAGACAAAUUAUUAUGCGUGUAAAAUUGGCAGCCUGUGGCUUUAAGGAGAACCUUUUACUAGCACGAAAAUUUUUUACUUUGUACAAACUAUGCGAGGAACAAUUAAGCAAACAAGUGCAUUAUGAUUUCGGUCUGAGAAACAUUUUAUCCUGUUUGCGAACUCUUGGUGCGCAGAAACGAGCGAAUCCCACCGAUUCUGAAGAGACUACCUUAAUGAGAGUUUUAAGAGACAUGAAUCUAUCAAAGUUGGUGGACGAAGACGAACCCUUGUUUAUGUCUCUCAUCGAAGAUAUGUUCCCAGGAAUCAAACUCAGAGUUCAAACGUACAAGGACCUGCAGAAAGCAAUUGCAAAUGCAACUGCCGCUCUUGGUAUAAUGAAUCAUGCAGAGUGGAAUUUGAAAACAAUUCAAUUAUACGAAACGUCUUUGGUUCGUCACGGUUUGAUGGUGCUCGGACCAACAGGAUCCGGGAAAACCAUGUGCAUGUGGGCUCUUAUGAAAGCUUUAACAGAAAUGGGCAUGCCCCAUAAAGAAGUCAGAAUGAAUCCCAAAGCCAUAACCGCGUCCCAGAUGUUUGGUAGACUGGAUGUAGCGACGAAUGAUUGGACAGAUGGAAUUUUCUCUACUAUAUGGAGAAGAUCGACACAGACGAAGAAAACAGAAAAUUUAUGGAUGGUUUUGGAUGGCCCUGUGGAUGCUGUAUGGAUUGAGAACUUAAAUUCGGUGCUGGAUGAUAAUAAGACAUUGACUUUAGCGAAUGGCGAUCGCAUAAUUAUGGCGUCGAACACUAAAUUGGUCUUUGAGCCAGAUAAUGUCGAUAAUGCAUCGCCAGCCACGAUAUCCCGCAUGGGAAUGGUGUUCAUAAGCGCUUCUGUUCUAAAAUGGACCCCCAUUCUACAAGGGUGGUUCAAGACACAACCGCCUGCGCAAGUAGAAGUCUUGAAUAAUUUCUUUAAUAAAAUUUACGACGAUGCUCAUACCUUUGUUCAAACGAAGCUUCCGACAACAAUGCAUCUCUUGGAAGCUCUUUAUAUAAGGCAAUGUAUCGAUCUAUUGGAUGGCUUGCUUGGUACAAAUAAAGAUACGGCUAAAACACUACCAGAGUAUCACAUUGAAAAGAUAUUCCUAUUCUCGUUAAUGUGGAGUCUGGGAGCGGUAUUGGAAUUAGACGAACGUAACGCAUUGCAGGAGUUCCUACUUAAUCAUCAAUCGAAAUGUAAUUGGCCAAAAUGCAAGGAAGAUGAAACUAUCUUUGAAUAUCUGGUGUCAGACGAUGGCCAGUGGAUUCAUUGGUCCGAAAAGGUCCCAGAAUUUAUCUAUCCUUCGGACGAAGUUUUAAAAUAUUACACUAUUUUAGUCCCUAACAUAGACAAUGCAAGAACCUUAUUUUUGAUCGAUAUCAUUGCAAAACAAGGAAAAGCAGUGCUGCUAAUAGGAGAGCAAGGAACGGCAAAGACAGUCAUGAUCAAAAGCUUCAUGUCCCAUUACGAUCCAGAAGAACACCUAUUUAAAUCUUUUAGUUUUUCUUCCGCAUCAACCCCUAAUAUGGUUCAGCGAGUGUUCGAGAGCUACGUCGAGAAAAGGGUGGGUACCACUUACGGACCGCCAGGUGGUCGGAAAAUGACCAUUUUCAUCGACGAUAUAAAUAUGCCUGAGAUAAAUGAAUGGGGUGAUCAAAUUACAAACGAGAUAGUUCGUCAACUGAUGGAGUAUAAAGGAUUUUAUUCCCUGGAUAAGCCAGGCGAUUUCUGCAUUAUACAGGAUAUUCAGUUAUUAGCAGCUAUGAUCCACCCUGGCGGCGGUAGAAACGAUAUUCCACCACGGCUCAAGAGACAAUUCAAUAUUUUUAACUGUACAUUACCAUCCAACAAAUCUAUGGACACGAUUUUCAGAAGUAUUGGACAAGGAUACUUCUGUAGUAGUAGAUUCGACGAGAAUAUUGUAAGCUUUCUGCCAAAAUUAAUACCUUUGACGAGAGUUCUAUGGCAGCAGACUAAAAGUAAAAUGUUACCAACGCCAGCGAAGUUCCACUAUAUUUUUAAUUUAAGAGACUUGUCACGAAUAUGGGAAGGUAUUCUCAGAAUAGAAAGAGCUGAAUGUGAUUCUAGAAGCAGAUUAUUAAAGCUUUGGGAACAUGAAUGUACUCGUGUGAUUGCAGAUCGAUUUACGAAUAUCGAGGACACCCAGUGGUUCAAAAGUACAUUAAGAAAAACUGCGGAGAAAAUGUUGGGUUCUGAUUUUAAUUUCUAUAUACCAGUCGAAACAUAUUUUGUGAACUUUCUACGCGAACCGCCUGAACCUACUGGAGAUGAACCGGAAGACUUCGUCUUCGAGGCGCCAAAGAUUUACGAAGAGAUUCCAAGUUAUGAGGAUGUGAUUGUGAAAAUUCGACAAAACAUGGAUCAAUUCAACGAAUAUAUACGGGGGAUGCACCUGGAUCUAGUAUUCUUUCACGAUGCUUUGGUGCAUCUGAUUCGAAUAUCGAGAAUCCUGGGUGUUCCUCGAAGUAACGCGAUGCUGGUAGGUGUUGGAGGAUCAGGGAAACAGAGCCUGACUCGGUUGGCCUCUUUUAUUGCUGGUUUUAGUUUCUAUCAAAUUACGUUAACCAGGAGUUAUAGUGUUACAAGCUUAUUGGAGGAUUUACGAAAAGUGUAUAGUGCAGCUGGUGUAGGAAGCAAAGGACAAACGUUCAUAUUUACCGAUAAUGACAUAAAGGAGGAAGCUUUCCUGGAGUAUAUUAAUAAUAUCUUGAGCGUUGGGGAAGUUGCAAAUCUAUUUCCAGCAGAUGAACUUGAUGAGAUUCUGACGACGGUAACGCCUAUGAUGAAGAAGGAGGAUCCAAGGCGACCACCCACUCCGGACAAUCUUUACGAUUAUUUCUUGUCACGUGCGAGAGAUCAGUUACAUGUGACCUUGUGUUUUUCACCAGUUGGUGAGAAGUUCAGAUCACGAGCAUUGAAAUUCCCUGGUCUUAUAUCCGGCUGCACCAUGAACUGGUUCUGGAGAUGGCCAAAAGAUGCUUUGUACGAAGUCAGUGAUCAUUUCUUAAAAAAAUAUAAAGUAAUGUGCAGUGCAGAGAUAAAACAACAGUUGAUAGAAGUUAUGGGAGACAUACACCAUGAUGUGAAUGACGUUUGCGCGCAAUAUUUCGAUAGAUUCCGAAGAGAAGUAUACGUAACACCAAAAUCAUUCUUAACAUACCUAAGCGGAUAUAAAGUACUUUACAAACAACGUUUGGAUAAUAUUAAUAUCCUCUCGUAUCGUAUGAGCAGUGGUUUAAGUAAGUUAAUCGAUGCUGCAGGCCAAGUCGAUGAAUUGCGUAAAGUUUUGGAGCAAAAUCAGCAAGAAAUCGCUGAGAAGAAUGUGCAAGUCGAAGCUAUUUUAGUUACCGUGAAUGAAAAGAAGAGCGAAGCGGAAGCGGUGAAAGCACAAGUGCAGGUUUCUAAGGACGAAGCAGAAGCUAUCUUGAAAGUGAUCGCGAAAGAAAAAGCGGUAGCAGAACAGAAAUUGAAAGCUGCGGAGCCUGCUUUGUUAGAAGCAGAGGCUGCCUUGCAAACUAUAAAAGCUGCUGACAUUGCCACAGUAAGAAAACUAGGAAAACCACCAUAUUUAAUUACUCUUAUUAUGGAUUGCGUGUUAAUACUGUUUGGAAGAAGAUUGGAACCAGUUAAACCUGAUUACGAGCGACAAUUUUUAACUCCUUCGUGGUCUGAAGCUUUAAAAGUGAUGGCUGAUACUAGAUUUUUAUACAAUUUGCAAAAUUUCCCAAAGGAUAAUAUCAACGCCGAAACCGUCGACUUAAUGCGACCAUACUUAAAUUAUCAUUUGUAUACUUACGAAGCUGCGAAGCAAGCUUGCGGAAACGUUGCUGGUCUCAUUCAGUGGACCAUCUCGAUGGUUACAUUCUACGGAAUAAAUAAAGAUGUUCUUCCACUAAAAGCGAAUUUGGCAGUGCAAGAAAGUAAAUACGAGAAAGCGAAUCGAAAUUUAAUGGAAGCUGAAAGUGUCUUGAGAGAGAAAGACGAAGAUUUGAAAGUGGUACAACAAGAGUUCGAUGCUGUGAUGGAAGAACGUCAAAAAAUAGUCGAUUUAGCAGAAAUAUGCCAAGCGAAGACAGACACAGCCACGGCAAUGAUCGAGGGACUUUCUGGCGAAAGAAUAAGAUGGACGGAGCAAAUUGCUAUCUUUAAAUCGGAAAUAGAUCGUCUAGUCGGCGAUGUAUUGAUUCUAAUAGGUUUCUUAUCAUAUUGCGGGCCCUUCAAUCAAGAAUUCAGGACUCUAUUGCAGAGACAAUGGUUUGACUUUAUCCAAGCCCGAAAGAUUCCAAUUUCCCUCGUAAUAAAUAUUACGGCUACUUUGACUGAUACUGCUACUAUCGGAGAGUGGAGUUUGCAAGGUCUUCCAACGGACGAUUUAUCCAUUCAGAAUGGAAUUAUAGUAACGCAAGCAACCAGAUAUCCCCUGUUAAUUGAUCCUCAGCUACAAGGUAAAGCAUGGAUCAUGAAGAAAGAAGAAGAAUUUCAAUUACAGGCAACGUUACUCACACAUAAAUAUUUUAGAAAUUAUUUGGAAGAUUGUGUUUCUCUGGGUCGUCCAUUGUUAAUCAUCGACGUAGGAGAAGAAUUGGAUCCUGUUUUGGACAAUUUGUUGGAAAAGAACUUUAUAAAGAUAGGAACUUCUUUGAAGGUAAAGUUAGGCGAUAAAGAAGUGGAUAUUCAUAAGGAUUUUAGACUUUACAUUACUACGAAGUUACCCAAUCCAUCGUAUACGCCAGAAAUAUUUGCACGUACUGCUAUAAUCGAUUUUACUGUCACUAUAAAAGGAUUGGAAGAUCAGUUAUUAGGAAGAGUCAUCCUUACAGAGAGAAAGGAACUUGAAAAUGAAAAAACACAGUUGAUAGCGAAUGUAACUGCAAAUAAUAGAAAGAUCAAAGAAUUAGAAGCUAAUCUUCUACAAAAAUUGACGACCGUAGAAGGACCUUUGAUAGAAGACGUAGAACUAAUGUCUGUACUAAAUAUCACGAAACAAACAGCUGCCGAGAUAAACGAGCAGUUAAGCAUCGCAAAGGAUACGGAAUUAAGAAUCGAUUUAGCUCGAGAAGAAUUUCGACCAGUAGCAACACGUGGCAGUGUUUUGUACUUUUUAAUUUGCGAUAUGUCUUUGGUUAAUUGCAUGUAUCAAACGUCGCUCGUACAAUUCUUAGAACGUUUCGAUCUUUCUAUGGAAAGAUCUGAGAAGAGUCCAGUUAAUCAACGAAGAAUCAAUUUCAUUAUCGAAUACCUCACAUAUGAAAUCUUCAGGUACAAAGCAAGAGGCCUUUACGAAAUUCAUAAAUACAUGUUCAUCUUAUUGAUGACGUUGAAGAUUGAUUUACAACGUGAUGUUAUUUCUCACGAUGAGUUCCAGUAUUUUAUCAAAGGUGGUGCAGCCUUGGACUUAAACACUGUUGCACCAAAACCUUGCAAAUGGAUUACAGAUGUUACCUGGUUAAAUUUGAUUGCACUUUCUGCCUUAAGACAAUUUCAAUACAUUCCGUCUCAAGUACCGGCUUCCGAAAAGGUUUGGAAGCAAUGGUUUGAUAAACCUACUCCGGAGGAAGAAGUGAUACCUGAUGGUUAUAACAGUUUAGAUACUUUUCGACGUUUAUUGUUAAUUAGGGCAUGGUGUAUCGAUAGAACACUAUCACAAUCAAGAAAAUACAUAUCAACUUCAUUGGGAGAAAGAUAUGCAGAGCCUGUAAUUACUCUUUUGGAUGUAAUGCACAGUGAAUCAAGACCAAAUACUCCCAUGAUUUGCUUCUUGAGUAUGGGUUCUGAUCCUACACCCAGUAUAGAACAACUUGCUAAAAAAUUGGAGAUUAUGUGUAAAAGUAUCUCAAUGGGACAGGGACAAGAAGUUCAUGCAAGAAAAUUGAUACAAAGUGCAAAUACUGAAGGUUACUGGGCAUUGUGUCAAAAUUGUCACUUAGGUUUGGACUAUAUGCAAGAAUUAGUUAACUUCAUUUUGGAAAUGGAGGAACCACAUCCAAAUUUUCGUAUAUGGAUUACCACAGAACCACACAAGGACUUUCCAAUAUCUCUUUUGCAAAUGUCCAUAAAAUACACUUAUGAGCCUCCACAAGGUGUGAGAGCAGGUUUGCUUGCCACAUAUAGUGGAAUGAGUCAAGAAAUGUUAGAUCAAUGUGAUGCUCCACAAUAUAUACCAAUUAUAUACACAGUAUCGUUUUUACAUACUAUUGUGCAAGAGAGAAGAAAAUUUGGACCUCUUGGUUGGAACAUACCAUAUGAAUUUAAUCUAUCAGAUUGGUUGGCAUCUUGCAUAUUCAUUAACAAUCAUUUGGGUGAUUUUGAUAUAAAACAAGGAAUAAGUUGGCACACAAUAAGAUACAUGAUAGGAGAGGUGCAGUAUGGAGGUCGUGUUACAGAUGAUUAUGACAAAAGGUUGUUGAACACAUUUGCAAAAUUAUGGUUUUUAGAUGCAAUUUUUUCAGAGGACUUUGUAUUCUACAAAGGAUACCCUGUUUUAGUUUACAAACAAGUUACAGACUACCUGAAAGUAAUUGACGAAAUGAGUUCCAUAGAUCCACCACAAGUUUAUGGCUUGCAUCUUAAUGCAAACAUUACAUAUCAAGGUAAUACUACACAAGCUGUUUUAGACACUAUAAUAUCUGUACAACCAAAGGAAGCAGGUGUAGGUGGAGGUGAAUCUAGGGAAGUAAUUGUGUCUAGACAAGCAAAGGAAAUGUUAAAGAAAUUGCCACCAAGUUAUGAUCCAUUUGAAGUAAAACAGAGAUUGCGAAUAUUAGGUGCCACUGCACCAAUGACUAUUUUCCUGAAACAAGAAAUUGAUAGAAUACAAGUAGUUAUUACAUUAGUGGAGGUUAUUUUAAAAGAUCUUUUACUUGCUAUAGAAGGUGUUAUUAUAAUGAGCGAGGAAUUGAGAGAUGCUCUUGAUAAUAUAUAUGAUGCUAGAGUACCAAAAGCAUGGAGAGCAAAAUCAUGGGAAUCUACCUCUCUUGGAUUUUGGUAUACCGAACUACUGGACAGAAAUAAACAAUUUUCUACUUGGUUGUACACUGACAGACCUGCAAAAUUCUGGAUGACUGGAUUUUUCAAUCCUCAAGGAUUUCUAACUGCAAUGAGGCAAGAGGUAACAAGAGCUCACAAAGGAUGGGCUUUGGAUAAUGUAACUUUACAUAAUGAAGUUCUACGGUAUACAGCAGAAGAAAUUAAAGUUGCACCUCAGGAGGGAGUUUACAUAUAUGGACUAUUUCUCGAAGGGGCUGGUUGGGACAGAAGGAAUAAUAGACUAUGUGAAUCAGCAAAUAAAGUUCUAUAUGUAUUAAUGCCUGUCAUUCACAUCUUUGCUUUAUAUAAUAUUCCCGAUAAAGAUCCAAAAUUAUAUCAGUGUCCAGUGUAUAAAAAACCACAAAGGACCUACGUGCUAUUGGUUACACCACUUUGGUUGCAAACAAGCAGACCACCAGAAUUCUGGAUCUUGCGUGGGGUAGCUCUAUUAUGUGAUAUAAAAUAAAAGUAUUUGUAUCUCUCUUCUUAAAUUAAUGUGCUUCAAGUGAAUAUAUAACAUGAUGCAAAUAAUUCUAUGAGAUUUAUGUGAUGUUUGUUAUUGGACAAUACUUCUUAUAAUUAUUUGAUUUUAGAAACUACCAGAAACUAUAAAUAAGGAAUCUGAUGGGAAAAUAUAAGUUCUAUAUACAUUCCAGAGUGAUUUCAAAUUUUAGCAGUAUAAUCAUGAUAGUUGUGUCUCGUUACAGUGGAAAUAAAAUUUCAAAAUGUUUUAUAUAACCCAUAUAAUACAUACAUAAAAAUUUUCUACAGUAAAUGUAUAAAUAUUUUGUUAAACUAUUGUAGGUAUGACUAAUACUUACGUUCUACAUUUGAUCGAAAUCGUCUCAUAAUUAUCAUU